GUUAAAUUUCGUUUGCAUAUGGUCACCGUUCUCAGCAAGUGAAAUGUGAAAUGUAAACUUUUUUACAAAUUUUGGCCGUAAAAUGUUGGAAGCAAUUGACUCAGAGGAUGCGGAGCCCAAAUACGAGACUAGCCAAGAUGUAGAGCAAGAGUACAAGCUAAUUGAAAAAGCUUACGCGGAGUUCAGCAACGCCAACUAUGAGCUGUGUCUGGAAACGCUGCAGGAGCUCGAAAAGUGCAAUGGAACCAAUAAUAAAUUGACACAUAAUCGCGCUGUAGCAAAGUUCUACCAGUCCGGCUGUAAAGACCACGUUACGCUGUUAAAAUCACUCAGCGAAAAGGCUGAUAAGAAUAACACCUCGGCUAGUCCAAUCGCGCAAUACAACAUGGCUAUAAUUUACUAUCAUCGACAUAUGUAUCAAACUGCGAUUGAGACGCUUAUGCCACUUGUGAAUAAACUUGAUGAUCUGGAGGAACUAAUAGCUGGCCUAGUAAGUACAUUCAUGUUACGUUUGCUUCUCGUCACGAAUCAGUUACGCAAGGCGGCAGCUUUUUUGGAAAUGUUGCAAUCACCUGAACGGAAGUCAUCUCUCAAUUUAAACAGAGAAGGGUUGAUAGGUGAAGAGGCUGCAUCCAGUGAAUUGUCCGUUGCAAAUCAUGAGAAUUUUCAACGUGCAUACAAAUUUUUAGCUGUGCAGACAUACGUAUUGAACCGUAAGCCCAUUGCGGUGGCCGAAGAUGGGUCAGCGGAAUAUUCAGCGCUUAAAGCACAUCAGUACUACAUCAUGAAAGAUUUUCAAAUGGCCGCAAAGCAACUGAAAAAAGUUAACGAAAUUGGCGCUAUAAGUGAGGAUAAUGCGCUUAAUACUUGCAUAGCCAACAAUAUGGGCGUAAUACAUUUACGUGUGCGUCAUUAUGCGAUCGCUGCGAAAUUCUUUCAAGACGCCAUAGCGUUUGACAAGCAUAUUGCAGCUAAUAUUCGAAACGUCUCUCUAUAUCAGAUGGGUACAGCGCGCACUUGUGAAAUACUCUACAACUUGGGUAUCGCGAUGCUGCAUUUGCGUCGGCCAAAAGAAGCCUAUAAGUGCUUCUUUGUACCGCUGAAAUCAUAUCAUAGCAAUCCGCGUUUGUGGUUUCGUAUAUCUGAAGCUUGCAUUAUGGAUCAUGAAAUGAAAAUGCUAGAGGAGGAUAAGAAGCCAAUUAUCACAUCUGUGGUAAAUUCUGGUGGGCGUAAAAUGUACUUUCUAAAACCGUCAAAAAGUAUAACAUAUGAACAGGAGCCAACUGCUACAGAAUCUGGGCCAAACCUACGCUUUGCUGCUCUGGCGCUACGAAACGCUCUAACACUUACAACUUAUUAUAAAAGUGCAUUUGAAAUGAAUAAUGAGGACGAAGCAUCGGCGGGCGCUGAGAAAGAAAAUUGGCGUAGUGUAAAGGAUAACAAUUUUUGUAAUCCCUCGAGACCGAUUUCCAAAAAUUCUCUUGAUAACAUGCUAUGUGCCAUUCGUGCAGCCUACAGUUAUGUCUCACUUUGUUUAGGCGAUUACGCUUGCGCGCUAGAGAUGGCACAAGAGCUGCUGAAGGCUGAAAAACUUUCCGAUGCGCACAGGCUCCUAGCGCAUAUGUAUGCAGGAGAAGCUUUAAUAAUGAUGGAUAAACUAGAGGAGGCACGCCCACAUUUUGAGCCGACUUUUGUGUCGUCUUUGAAUGCAUUCGAUUUCGAGACGAAGGAUUGGCGGGUGAAAUCAUUGGAUGCUGCGCAGAAUGUUGUACGAUAUAACUUGGCUGUGGUCAUGGCAUUGCAAGGGGAUUUCGAGUUAUCAAUAAAUAUUUUGAGUAGUUGUACACAUCCAAUUGUUGCGGCUAAAGUUAUGUCGCUAAAGACUUAUCUCGAUAUAAAAAUGGGAAAGUGUACGUAACAGAGCACUUAACUUAGUAUGUAUGUACAUAUGCACUUCAGUUAGAUUUGCUACAAUUUGAAAAAACGUUCUUCGCUAAAUAAUUUAUGUACCGGCAAAUGAUUAAUUUGCACUUUAAAAGCAAAAUAAACUUUUACAUAUGUAUACUAAUGUAUGUGCGAGCUAUUAAAAUCCAUAAAUCAAA